CCGCCCUUGGUCCUCCUGGGUCGGGUUGGUGUUGCUUUUUGGUCUCUUCUGCUGCAAGAGGGUGAUUCCGCCCGGUUUCCAAACCGGAGCGCCGCUUCAUUUGCCCCCAGCUGCAUGCACAGGACUCUCCACUGAGCGCCUGUCUGUCAACAUUGAUGUGCUCUUAAGUCUGGAGGACGCAUCCGCCCUGCCGCCAUGGGGAAAUCCAACAGCAAGUUGAAGCCUGAAGUUGUGGAAGAGCUCACCAGAAAGACAUACUUUACAGAGAAGGAAGUACAGCAGUGGUACAAAGGCUUUAUCAAGGACUGUCCCAGUGGGCAACUGGAUGCAGCCGGAUUCCAAAAGAUCUACAAGCAAUUCUUUCCCUUUGGAGACCCAACCAAGUUUGCCACCUUUGUUUUUAAUGUCUUUGAUGAAAACAAAGAUGGAAGGAUUGAGUUUUCAGAAUUCAUCCAGGCCCUGUCUGUCACUUCUCGAGGAACUCUGGAUGAAAAACUGCGAUGGGCCUUUAAGCUGUACGACUUGGACAAUGAUGGGUACAUCACCAGGAAUGAGAUGCUGGACAUUGUAGACGCUAUUUACCAGAUGGUGGGCAAUACUGUGGAGCUUCCAGAGGAGGAGAAUACACCAGAGAAGAGGGUGGACCGGAUUUUUGCCAUGAUGGACAAAAAUGCUGAUGGGAAGCUCACUCUGCAGGAGUUCCAGGAGGGAUCAAAGGCCGACCCCUCGAUUGUACAAGCGCUGUCCCUCUAUGACGGACUCGUAUAGCUCCAUGGCCCUGUGCUUUGACAUGCCUGAGGGGACCCCCUUCUAGUGCCAUCAGACCACCUCUGAAGCGACGCUCGCCUGACUGUGCCAGCCCUCCUUUGUGUGAAUGUGAACAGGGGGUGCACUUGAAGCGCGGCACAUCAACCCAGCCACAUGCUCUCAAAAUCAACUGUGUCUCCAUUUGCCAAUUCCUGCAUUCAAUUAUAAAUGGAAAAAGGAAAGGGGGGAGGGGGGGAAAGUAAUGGCAGCACCAUUCCCUCAGGGCCGCAAUGUCAUCGUGUGGAGAAUCUUCUCACGCACAUAAUAACUCUGGUUUUGUUUGUUUUGAAUGAACUGAGAACAAGCAGUAUUUUACAUUUUUCACAGGGGGAAAUGCAGGUUGGAGAUGUAGGUACCAUAAAUGAAUUGAUGCUUCUGGCAGCCCCCGGAUUGGAUAGAAAGGAACGGGCAGGUAGAUUGCUUAAUCCACGCUGGCUUUUGUAUUCAGAAAGAGGGUGGUGUGGGAGGGGGGGAGGUAGCAGAAAAAACCAUUUGAAAUUGAUGUUGCAUAUCAUCAUCUGGGUUGGCAGCAAACUGCAUUGCUAGGAAAUAUGUAUACUUAUAAUUUUGGGAGGUGACACAGUAUUGUACACUGUUAAUUUUUUGUGUGUGCACACAUAGGAAGGAGUGAGGCGCUUUUUUAAGGAAAGGAAAUUACCUCUAAAUGGGUACCUAUUUAUUUGCUGUUUAAAUGUUGCUGCUGUAUUUUGUGUCUUUGUGUCUCGGGACGAAACAAAAGGCGACAAGGUUUACAUGGAUCUCUGCUGCACGGGCGAUGGCUCCCACAGUAGACUCGAAGCCAAAAAGGUUGCUCCCUCCGACCUAUCAAAGUAUGCUGUGCUGCUUGGCUGCAAUUGAAGGGGGUGGAUGUGGCCCCUUCUGCCUUCUGCGUCUCUCGCUCUUCAUUUCUUCAUCUGUCCUGUCCCUUGCCCUCCCAUCUCCCAUCUCCCCUACCCCCACUCACUCCUGCCCCAAUGCAACAGGCCAUUCUGGGCCCUGCGAGCCUGCUUAGACCCCUGCACCUCAGAGGAUUCUCAGCUGCUCUCUUCUUUCUCCUGUGUGUGUGUGUGUGUGUGUGUUAGCAUUUCUGUUGCCCUCUUGUGUUAAUUUUGCCAUCUUGCCUAUGUUGUAAAGACAAAUGACAAAACAAUACAGUACUCAGAGUUUUCUCUGCAUGAAAAAAAUGUUAGCGCGGCCAAUGUUGUCGGAGCUUUUGAAACAAUUCUUCUUUCUGAAAGAAACAAGAAACAAACAGGAAAAAAAACCAGAAA